UUUGCCGCGUUCGGUUCGCUGGCGUUUCCAUACGUUCUGCGUCUAUAGCUAAUAGCGCCCGGCUUUCGUCUUCGUCUGUUGUUGUUUUCGAAUGCGCUGGAGCUGGAGCGGAGUGUGCUGUGAGUGUGUGAGGUGUGCAGCUACGGUUGGAAGGGAAAAAAUGAAAAAUACGAGCAUGUGUGCGGCAUAAUUUAGCGCGUUUUGUGCGUUGACAGCUGCAAAAAGAGUGCAGAAAAGUGCAGCGAAAGGCAAAGGCAGACGGCAGACUGCAAAACAAACAAAAGCGAACGCAACGACAAACAACAAACAAAGCAGAAGCCGAAGCCAAAGCAAAAACAAACCCACACACACCUGCUGCCCGGCUCGAGUUUGUGUGUUAGUGUUUCGGGUCCAGGCCCAAAAGGCGUACGAAAAAGUGCACAGCAAGUCGUGAUUUUCCGGCGGAAGAGAGACAAAUAGGAGGAGGAAACCCGCCCAGCGGAAGAGCAAGACUCCCCAAAAAGCAAACCGAUGAGACUGUCAACAUGGCCGAGUGAAUGAAAAUAUGAAAAUUCAUAUUUCGUAAAGUGGGAAAAGUGAAUUGAAAAGUGUGUGUGCGUGGUGUGUGGAAAUGCUCGAUGGCGAUCGCAGCUGAGGAUUAUUGAUUCCGUCGAAUUACGGAUUGCACAAUCCACAAUCCGUCCGAAAAAAAACCAACAUCGAAUAACGAAAAAGGCCAAACGCAUAUAUAGAAAAAUAAAUCUCCGGCAAACAGUUGCAGCUGCCUACUUAGGCUAAUUGAUUUUCAUUUCGGUUUCUGUUUUUACCAUUUGUUUGUUAGCUGGCUUGUUUGUUUGUUUGUUUGUUUGCUUGCUGGCUUGCAAUGAGGCGUCCAAAAGCUGCCAAUCACAACAACAACAGCUACAACAACUCACCAAAUGAACAGAAAAAACAGGCAAAAAACCAACAAGCCCAAGUACAUGAAGUGAAGCUGCGCGACAAUUGCGUUUGCGCUUUUCCCUGUUUUUUUAAUUAAUUUUAAGUGUCGCCGUAUUUUGUUGUUGCCUUUGGCCCUCUUCUGCGAUAGGGGGAAAAAAUAAGAGAGAAGGAGAGUGAGGGAAACCCUCCGGAAAUCGGCAAUUUAAUUUACAAUACAACAUUAGUACGGACAUAAAAACGGAUAAAGGCGAGCAGCGAAAGGAGCACCGAAAAUGUUUGCCGGAAUUAGGAAGCGCCUGGCACGCAAGCAAAACGAGAAGGACUGCGAUGAGGAUGACAAGGACGAUGUGCACGAUGCGAUGCCGCCGCCCCCGAAUUACAUUCAAAUAUCCCAGGGCAGGAUCCAGCUGGUGCAUCAGCCCCGAACACCAGUGGAGUCGGAGGCGGGCACUCUGUCCCUGGAGCGGUAUGGCUCUGGCUCGGGGUCCUGCUCAGGAUCUGGAUCUGGAUCUGGCGGCUGUGAUAAGGAUUUGUUGGAGAAGCGGAUGAUUGAAGUUGAAGGCGCUCUGCUGCGCUUGCAGGAGGAGUUCCAGAAAAGCCAAUGCGGGUCGCCAACGUUCGAGAAGGAAUUGCGCGAACAAAUUGAGAACAUGAAUCGCAUUAUGAAAUCCAAAGAACGCAAGCAAAUGCAGACAUGUCGGGAUCACAAGGCACUGCAGACCCGCUUCGCCCGCCAGGAGAAUCUUCUUCAGUCGAUGCAGCAGGAGAACCGAGCCUUGCUCACCCGUAUCCGGCAGUAUGAACACUGCCUGGACGACGUGAUGCGCAAGGUGGUGGAUGCCAUUGUGGCCGAGGAUAAUCUCCGGGAGGAGGUGAGCAUGCUGAAGGGAAGGGUGCGCGACCUGGAGGCGCAGAAUGCGGCCUUAUCUGCCAGUCCGGUCAAGGGACGUGACGAAGGCUACUGCACCAUGAGCAGUGGACAGCCGCAACCCUCGAAUGGGCAUCUGGAGGAUCUGCCAGAGGAACCAGAGCAGUGGCUUCUGCCCGCCGAGCCCUGCUCUACGGAAAUGGAGGACUGGAGCAUGUCGCAGGAGGAGCUGGCUGUGAUGACCUUUGACGAUGAGCGGGAGCAGCAACACCACCUCCUGCAGCAGCAGCAGCAGCGAAGGAAGCGGGAUCACGACUGGCUGUGGCCCUCGAGUGACUUCAUCAACUCUACUACAGUGGAAACGGAUUCCGUGGCCGAUGGCAUUGCCCAGCUGCUACAGCAGAAGAUCGUUUACUCCGAGGACGAGGAGGUGGCCUGCACGGACUUCACCAAUGACUUUUACAAACUGGUCAACAUACGCUCCAACUCCUCGCGCAGCCUUUACUCCUACCUGGAGGGCGAGACGGAUGAUGAGGAUGAUGAGGAGGAUGAUGAUGCCGAGGACUCUAGCAUGUCGGAGAGCCAGGUGGGGCCUGCGGGACGCACGAAUGGAGGCAGUCCCACCCCCAGCGAAGCAGGCAGGGCCCAGCUGACCAGCUGCUCUUCCAGCGAAACGGAUGAGUUGUCCGCCAGUCAGCUGAAAAAGGACGAAGAGCCUGACUAUGCGGUUAUUGAUGAGUGCCGGCGGCGGGUCAGCGACAUUGAGAUCGAGGAUGUGCCUCUGAUUGUGAGCAGUAGUACGCCCAUGAAACCGCUGGAUGAGCAGCAGUGCAUUGCCCAGAUCAUCAAGAGCGAAUUGCGCCGGCCUCCGCAUGUCCUUGUCAAAUCCAAAUCGGUGCUGGAGGACCAGGAGCCCAGCUGCAUCCUGCGACACAAUCAACGCCGCGAACUGGAGUCCACCGUGGUGCGCAGCGAUAGCAUCAGCUGUGCCAUGAUGUCAAAGAUGGCCAAAGAACUGGUGCCUCCGUCGCCGGGAAUGGUGACCAAGCUGAAGGAGCGAAUGCUGAUGAGACAGGCAUCCACGCCGCCAACAUCCACCUCGUGGCGCAGGAGUAAUGGCUGGAAGAGGGUCACAUCACCAGUGCAUCCGCCAGCGGCAGUUUCGCCAAAGAAGAAGGAAACCAAGUCAACGGAGCUGCCAAAGAGUGGCCUGCCGAAGGCCCAGCCCACCAGAAUUCCAACGAGCAUCCAUUCGUCGGUGUCCUCGUCCUCCUCGAUGUCCUCAUCCUGCUCGCCCUCCCCAUCCUCCCCGUCGCCGCAGUCCCCGCAGCAGCAAAAGUCCCCCGGCCAAAAGCAGCAGCCACAGCGAAAAUCCAAGAUUCCUCCCCCCGUUCCCGUGCGACGAUCCUAUGCGAGUUAAGGGACGCGCCAUCCUGCGAAAUCUCAAAUCAAUAAUCGUCAAGCUAACAAAUAUUUAAAGAUUUAAAAGACUAAAUUGUGAUAUAUUCAAACAAAAACAAAACAAAACCGAACAGACAAGUUGAAGGUGGUGAAGGAGUAGGAGUAGAAGGAGCAAGCGAGUAUUUAUAUGUAUAUUGUACAUUUUUUGGAGAUGUUUUACCUUGUAAGCGGCACUGCCAACUGUUCCCCCAGAUACGAAUUAUCAUCAUUACCAAAUCGCAAGGCUCGCCCUGCUCUACGCCGUAUAUUUUGUAGAGCAGCGGUCGCAGCCACCAAAUUAGUGGAGAAUGGGACAAUUUGAUUGAUUUCAAACUGAAUUCAAACUACUUACUAUUAGCUAUGGGUCAUUGAGUAUAGAUGAAAACUAAAAACUGUAGUCUUCCGCACACCACUCGAGUGUAUUCGAAGUAAUAGCAUUUGUAGGGCAUGGUUAAUCGCAUAAACUAAACGGGAAACUAAGCUAAACCCAUCCUUUCACACACUCAGACACAACAGUUGAACAUUUGCAUUUAAGGGUGAAAUAUUUCAAAGUAUAGAAGGCAUAUAGUACGACAUAUAUAUACGGUUUCUAAGCGAACAUUAAACGACAAACCAUAACAAUAAAAAUCUGUACAUACAAAGCUCUUCUCUUCAACCGUAGUUGGCGUUAGCUCCGGCUCCUCAGGGGCUGCUGCCACCGACUAAUUUAUCGCAGCAGCAUCCCGCAUCCUAAUUAUAUAACUAAACUACACACCCUAUCUAUGUAGAACAGAAGGCACUAUUAUAUAUGAUCGUGGAGGGGAAUAACGUGCGUAGAUGUGUAAGCUCGUAUAUAAACAUUAUAAAUGUAUUUUCUUAGCGUAGCCAGUACAAAUAAACAAAAA